AUGCUGGGAGGGGGUGACUACAUUGUGUCUAUUGUAUGUUUUUUUUCUUUUUUACUAACCCCCCCCUGGCAUUUCGUACAUUCCACGAGAGCUUUAAAUCGGGAGUGAAAAGCAUGGCAGAUGAGCAAGAAAUUAUGUGUAAACUCGAGAGCAUCAAGGAGAUCAGAAAUAAGACUUUGCAGAUGGAAAAAAUAAAGGCACGGCUGAAAGCAGAAUUUGAAGCCUUGGAGUCCGAGGAGAGGCACCUGAAAGAAUACAAACAGGAAAUGGACCUCCUGCUGCAAGAGAAGAUGGCCCACGUGGAGGAGCUGCGACUGAUCCACGCUGACAUUAAUGUGAUGGAAAACACUAUCAAGCAAUCGGAGAACGAUCUCAACAAGCUCCUGGAGUCUACUCGUCGCCUGCACGAGGAGUACAAACCCCUGAAGGAGCACGUAGAUGCUCUGCGGAUGACUCUGGGAUUGCAGAGGCUGCCAGAUCUGUGUGAGGAGGAAGAGAAACUGUCCCUUGACUACUUUGAAAAGCAGAAAGCAGAAUGGCAGACAGAACCACAGGAGCCUCCCAUCCCAGAGUCUCUGGCUGCAGCUGCAGCAGCCGCCCAGCAGCUGCAAGUGGCCAGGAAACAAGAUACCAGACAGACAGCAACCUUCAGACAACAGCCACCUCCAAUGAAGGCAUGUUUGUCGUGUCACCAACAAAUCCAUCGGAAUGCGCCCAUAUGUCCGCUCUGCAAAGCAAAGAGCCGAUCUCGGAACCCCAAAAAGCCCAAGAGGAAACAGGACGAAUGAAACGCAGAAGACUGCCAAGCAAAGGCGUGUUCCAGUACUCUUCCAGUAGAACUGCAAAUGUGGCCAGACUUUACUGAAGUGCAGACUCACGUAUGACCAACCCAUUGUUUUCUAUUUAAUGCGAUGUAAGCACAAUGUUCCUGUUCUGUCUUAAAUUUCCUUCCAGUCCUUAGGAUUUGGUUUUAGGAAAGUAAGUAUUACUGGUGCUACAGUUAAACAUUUCAAUCAUUCCACCUCCGGACUCCUAAACAAACUAGAAUUCUUAUGCAAGUAUCCUGAAUGCCAGGCUAUUCCCGUUGGCCAGAUGUGCUCACCACAAAUGCUUUUCUAAAAACAGAUGUUACUAAAGGAUUACUCUGCUUUCUCCUGAUAACAGGAGACUAUUUGAAGUGCUGAAAUAGCAGACUGUUCGUUUCACUAAA